AUGGCUGAACAGACGGAGCGCGCUUUUCAGAAGCAGCAGGGAGUCUUCCUCUGCGGCGACGUUUCAGCGAAGAAGAAGCUGAGGACGCCCGGCAAGGCGGGUAACCGUUACUACAAGAACGUGGGGCUGGGCUUCAAGACGCCCCGCGAGGCCAUCGAAGGCACGUACAUCGACAAGAAGUGUCCGUUCACGGGCAACGUGUCGAUCCGCGGGCGCAUUCUGUCGGGCACGGUGCUGUCGACCAAGAUGAACCGCACCAUCACCAUCCGCCGCGACUACCUCCACUUCGUGCGCAAGUACCAACGGUACGAGAAGAGGCACUCGAACCUGUCGGCGCACGUGUCGACUUUUGGGACGUCUCAAAAGUCACUUCCUCCCCUGCCACCACUCCCUCCCCCCUCUUCCCCCCGCGGCGUGCAGGUACGAGAAGAGGCACUCGAACCUGUCGGCGCACGUGUCGCCGUGCUUCCGCGUGAAGGAGGGGGAUCAGGUCAUCGUGGGGCAGUGCAGGCCGCUGUCGAAGACAGUGCGAUUCAACGUGCUCAAGCCCCCUGGUUUCUGCUCGCAGAAUUAGUCCGCCCCUCUCCCUCCCACCUCCACCUUCCUCUUCUUUUCUUUCCCUUGAAAGUCUUCUCUCUUUCCUUUCCCGUCCCCUUUCCACCCCUUGUAAAAUUUUGGGAGGACACCCCACACAAAGUGAAUCAAGAUGAGUUCGGAGGCGGUGCCCGACUCAUCCGCAAAAUCAUCCACCAACGCGCCGCCGCCUAUGACAAGUCGUACGCGCGCAAGGAGCGCGAGUUGGUGGAGCUGAAGCGCGAGGCGAAGCUGAGCGGCGGCUUCUAUGUCGAGCCCGAGCCCAAGCUGCUCUUCAUCAUCCGCAUUCGUGGUGUGAACGACAUGCACCCCAAGACGCGCAAGAUCAUGCAGCUGCUGCGCCUUCGCCAGAUCUUCAACGGAGUGUUCCUGAGGGUCACCAAGGCAACGCUGCAGAUGCUGCGAUUGGUGGAGCCCUACGUCACCUACGGCUACCCGAACCUGAAGUCAGUGCGUGAGUUGAUCUACAAGCGCGGGUUCGGCAAGGUCAGGCACCAGCGCAUCGCCCUCACUGAGAACUCCGUCGUGCAAAAAGUGCUGGGGCAGAAGAAGAUUCUGUGUGUGGAGGAUUUGAUUUACCAGAUCUUCACGACGGGCCCGCACUUCAAGGCGUGCAACAACUUCCUGUGGCCCUUCAAGCUGUCGGCGCCCAAUGGUGGCAUGAAGAAGAAGCGCCUGCACUUCGUGGAGGGAGGUGAUGCUGGUAACCGUGAGGACAAGAUCAACGCGCUCAUCCGGCGCAUGAACUAA